CAGGGGAAGAGGAAACGUGGCAGAGUCGAAGUGUAACCGUUAGUGAGCGACAGAGAUGGAACUAAAGCUGCAGCUCAGCAUCUUUGUGUUACUCAUACAGGUUUCACUUGCGGUGUGGCAACGUGUGACUGUAAAGAAAGGUCAGACACUCCACUUAAGCUGCCCAGUUACUAACGCUCACAAGACCAAUGUUGACUGGAAGAACUCUGAAGGAUAUAUUAUGUUCUUCAAUCACAAUAAAGCUUUAAGGGACAAACGCUACAACAUCAUAAAACUGUCUAAAUCAGAAUUCACCAUCAGUAUUUCCAAUGUCACCUUCAAAGAUGGAGGCACCUACACAUGCUCUCAGUAUGGCGAUCAUACAACAGAGAAGAAAGUGGAGGUGACAGUGUUAGGCCGUCCCAUAAUGAAAGUGGUGAAGCAUGAAGGAAGGUUUGUCAUACAAUGCACUGCUGAGGGGACCCACUCUCCUCCCCAGAUCUUCUGGAAAUUGAACCAUACACCUGAAAUGAUUGCUCAUGCCCAAGUCCUACGUGAAGAUAACAAAUAUGUCUCGAUGGAUAUGUUACAUGUUCAGUCAGUGAAGAAAAGAGUCACUGUGAAAUGCCUUGUUCGCCAUCCAGCUCUGCUCUCACAGACUCUGAUGAACUUUGUCAAAAUUGUACAAGACUCAUCAAAGUCCCGAUACACAACCACGACCAGUUCACCAACAACGCAGCCCCGAGGGUCAACAGAGGUGCAGAGAACUACAGCCGGCUGGUUUAGACAUGAGACUACAACAUUGUAUCUUGCAACCAGAGAGAAGGAUGGGCCUUUAUCAGAGAGCUCUAACAAGUUAUCAACCGUUCCCUCUAAUCAGCUGGUUUCCUCCAACGAUUCAAAGACGGUCACAGCAGCACUGAACCCUGUUACAUCCACAGGCUCACAUCUCAGCCCUGCUGAUGACUCAACGACCUCAGUAUUAUCCGGAUCAACCAGGAGGAUGAAUGACACCAUCAGUAAUGCAACAAGCACCACAGGCUGGACAUCUGCCUCUGAGACAACCAAGGAGAUCACUUCCUAUAACCGUACAGAGGGAAACAAAACAGGCAGCUUCAAUGACCCAAAUAUGCAGACAGGAACUGAAGGAAGUUCAUCAUUACUGGUCUUCCUGGUUACAUGCCUGAUCUUCGGUCUUCUGGUGGUAGUCCUUUUUUUUGCCAUCAAGCUGAGGAGAGCGCAUAUCAUCUGGAAGAGAGUUUUUAUUGUUACAGAGAAUGAGGACUCCAAUCCAUCAGAGGAGAGCAGUAAAUCAAAAUCAAGCCAGGAAGAGAGGAAUUCCCAAGGACAAAGGCGAAGAGUGUCAGGGCUCUUCAACACAGCAUUCACACAGUACGUCGUUGAAAAACCAACAGUGAUAACCUCGGUGAUAAACACAUCUGCAAUGGCAGUAGUAGAGAGUGUAAAUAAAGAGCAGACUCCUCAACCUCAAACCCCAGGACAAACUUCAACCAAGUGUGACAUAAAGGAGACAGAGCUAUAACAAUGCUCACAGAUUUAGCUGAUUAGCUUUUUUACUGCACUUGUAAGAAAGAAUGUCAGCUUAUGUUUACAGAAAAAAAAUUAUGUGGUAACUUGCUUAUAACUGUAGUACUGUAUUGAACAGUGAAAAUGUUGCAUUUACAUGUACCAAUAAAUUAUAUUUUGCUAGAAAAUACA